AGAGCGCACAGCUCUUCACCACUUUCCUUUCGCCCACCACCAUCACGUCGCUGCCAUGGACGGCGAAGACCAGUCUUUGCUCGACAAGCUCGACGCUCUCGCCCCGGAGUCCAUCAAAAGCUUCGACGCGUUCCCAAAACUCCCGGCGACGUACAAGUCCCGCUCCGAGUCUCGCGGAUUCCUUACCAUCUUCGUCGCUUUUCUCGCUUUUCUCCUGGUAUUAAACGAUAUCGGUGAAUUUAUCUGGGGAUGGCCGGACCAUGAAUUCGCAGUGGAUAGAGACGAUUCGAGCUUUAUGAAUGUCAAUGUGGACUUAGUAGUGAACAUGCCUUGCCGAUGGUUGAGCGUUGACCUUCGAGACGUGGUCGGCGACAGAUUGUUUUUGAGCAAAGGUUUCCGCAGGGACGGAACCUUGUUUGACAUCGGACAGGCCACUGCUUUGAAGGAACACGCGAAGGCUUUAUCAACACGCCAGGCGGUUCGCCAAUCCCGCAAGUCUCGCGGCUUCUUCGACCUUUUCCGUCGCUCGCAAGAUAUAUAUAAACCCACGUACAACUAUCAGGCAGAUGGAAGUGCUUGCAGGGUUUAUGGGUCGUUAGAGGUGAAGAAAGUCACGGCGAACUUGCAUAUCACAUCACUCGGGCACGGCUACGCGAGCAAGGUUCAUGUCGACCAUACGAAGAUAAACAUGUCGCAUGUCAUCACUGAAUUCUCCUUCGGUCCCCACUUUCCCGACAUCGUCCAACCCCUUGACAACUCGUUCGAGAUCACUCACGACCACUUCACGGCCUACCAAUACUUUAUGCGCGUCGUCCCCACGACCUACGUCGCCCCUCGUUCUGCCCCGCUCAAUACGAAUCAAUACUCCGUCACCCACUACACUCGCACCUUCGAACAACACUCCGGUCUCGCACCCGGCAUCUUCUUCAAGUUCGAGAUCGAACCCGUCAGACUCAUCCAGCACCAACGCACGACGACAUUCGCGCAGUUCUUCGUCCGAUGGGCGGGUGUAGUUGGCGGUGUAUUCGUAUGCACUUCUUGGGCGUUGAGGAUCACCAACAAAGCCGUGACCGUCGUCGUUGGCUCGUCGGACGAGGAUACGAUUACGCCACAAGAGACCGCUCGCGCUACUGGCUUAAGGUCGAAGUGGGUCGGUGGACAACUAAGAGCGAGGCCGGGCUCGAUCGGAAGAGUCGUUAGGCAGGGGAAUUCAUGGGUCGUCGAAGGUACCGGAAGCCCUUACUCUGGAAGCUACAUGGGCACACCAACGAGUAACGUCGGAACGCCCUACUCGCCCUACUCUCCUGCACCACCAUCCCAACACCAUGCCCCUCCCCCGCCUCCGUUGAGCGCACGCACGCCUUCGAACGGCUCACAAAAAGCAGGUCACGACGUUCCACCUCCUCCUGCUUCCUCCAACGCUGGAGGGUUCCCAGGUCUAGGGAUCUCGGGCGGUUCGUUCGGACCUACGAGUGCGAGGAGCCCCAUUCCUGGUACGCCUGGGGGAAGUGGUGUUUGGGGACCGGGGAGUGCGGUGCAGAGUCCGGCUAGUCUUGGUGUUGGGUCGCCGAAUUAUCAGCAUUUCCCGCCGACGCCGGGAGCGGGGAGCGGGGCAUUCCCGAGGAGUCCAUUGAAUGGGGGCAAGAAGGACGAUUAAGUCAUUAACGGAGGGUGAGGAAGAUACAGUUAUGGGCGUGAAGAAUGGGACGUUGCGUGGGAACUGUGGCGUGUGCGGUGGGAUAAUGGGGUCGCGGGGGUCGUUCAAGGCAUCGUGCGACAUGGCGGGCUGAGUAUCGGUCGUAAUGUACGUAUGUGUGAGUAUGACAGCUAUCGAGUUUUCCUUCGCAUAUUUCUUGGUUGGCCAGGUGGCUGCGUGGCCUGGGUUGUACGUGUAAGUAGCCGAAGGGAACAUUCGUCUAUAAGGAUUAUUUAUU